UGAGCAGGGGCUUCCGCACUGAGAUCACAGGGCUGCAGCCGCAGUCCCACCGGCGCCCUCAGGCUGGUCCAGAGGAUGAGACAGCUUCGCACCGCGGCACAAUGUGCUGUGCUCCAGCCGACCUGUGCGUGGGGAGUCCUCACCAGUGCCUUCCUGGUCCUGGGCUGCUGGGGGCUGUCAGACUUCCAGCAGAGCUUUCUGCAGGCUCUGGAGCCCGACGAGGUGCUCUCUUACUUUGGCACUGAUGCAGCCUUCGAAGUGCCCCAAUUCACUGUGGCUCCACUCACGUGCGUCUGCAAGGACCGGCUCAGGACGCGGCCCUGCAGGGCCCUGCACUGCUCCCUGAGUGCUCCAGGAGUGCCUUUUGCCUUCUCCUUCCGGCCUGAGCGGGGCCUCAUGGCUCACUCCUUCACCAGCAAGCCCAUGGUGAAUGUCUCCCUCCGGCUGCUGGAGGGGUCCCUCAGUCACUGCUUCAUGAGGGGACGUGCCCUGCUGCCCCCGGGCACAGUGGCCAGGGUCACAUACUGCUCGGGCCACUUGGAGGGAGAGAUCCAGGUGGGCUCGGACAGGUUGUAUGUGCAACCGGUGAAGAGGAAGCACUGGACGCUGGUGCCUCCCUGGAGUGGGGCCCUGCCCCACCUGAUCCAUAGUCCUGCCACCCGGGAGUUUGUGCGAGGUGGGGACCUGGAGCCUCAAAGGCGGGAUGCGGCUGAUCCCGGACUACGUGGCUCAGGGGCCCAGCGGGGAUCUGCAGCCUCCCAGGCCUGGCGGGCACCCUCCACGAGGGUGUAUCGGGGAGAUCCUGCCCUUGCGCUCUGGAGAGGGACACGGAGGUGGAGACGGGCAGCAGGGGGCAUCCUGCACCUGGAGCUCCUGGUGGCUGUGGGCCCUGAUGUCCACCAGGCUCACCAGGAGGACACCGAGCACUACGUGCUCACCAACCUCAACAUGGGCUCUGAGCUGCUGAGGGACCCUUCCCUGGGGGUGCAGGUCCAAGUGCACCUGGUGAAGCUGCUCAUUCUCACAGAGCCCAAGGGAACCCCAAAUAUCACCACCAACCUCACCUCGUCCCUGCGGAGCGUCUGUGAGUGGAGCCAGUCAGUCAACCCUGCAGACGAUGGGGAUCCCAGGCACGCGGAUCUGGUCCUCUACGUCACCAGGUUUGACCUGGAGUUGCCCGAUGGCAAUCGGCAGGUGCGGGGGGCCACCCAGCUGGGGGGCGCCUGCACACCCUCCUGGAGCUGCCUUAUCACAGAGGACACUGGCUUUGAUUUGGGGGUCACCAUCGCCCAUGAGGUCGGGCACAGCCUCGGCCUGAGCCAUGAUGGGGCACUUGGCAGUGGCUGUGGGCCCAGCGGACAUGUAAUGGCAUCUGAUGGUGUGGCGACCACCCACAGGGGUCACGUGUGGUCCCCCUGUAGCCGCAGGCAGCUGCAGCAGCUGCUCAGCACAGGGCAGGUACGCUGCAUGUGGGACCCACCACAGUCGCCUCAGGGACCCGCGGGCCACCUGUCUGACGCCCAGCCUGGCCUCUACUAUGGCGUGGACGAGCAGUGCCGCGCUGCCUUUGGCUCGGCUGCUGUCGCCUGCACUUUUGCCAGGGAGGGGCUGGACAUGUGCCAGGCCUUGUCCUGCCACACAGACCCCCUGGAUCAAAGCAGCUGCAGCCGCCGCCUUGCUCCUCUCUUGGAUGGGACAGAAUGCGGUGUAGAGAAGUGGUGCUUCAAGGGCCGCUGCCAUGCCCUGGCAGAGCUGAUGCCCAUGGCGGCUGUCCAUGGACGCUGGUCCAGCUGGGGCCCCAGCAGUCCUUGCUCCCGCUCCUGUGGAGGAGGUGUGGUCACCAGGAGGCGGCGGUGUGACAACCCCAGGCCCGCCUUCGGGGGCCGCACCUGCCCCGGGGCCGACCUGCAGGCUGAGAUGUGUAACACUCAGGCCUGCGAGAAGACCCAGCUGGAGUUCAUGUCCGAGCAGUGUGCCCAGACAGACGGACAGCCGCUGCCCCUCGCCCAGGGGGGCGCCUCCUUCUACCACUGGGGUGCCGCUGUGCAGUACAGCCGAGGGGACCCUCUGUGCAGACACGUGUGCUGGGCUGUUGGGGAGGGCUUCAUCGCGAGGCGUGGAGACAGGUUCCUGGAUGGGACCCGCUGUGUGCCCAGCAGCCCCCAGGAGGAUGGGACCCUGGGCCUGUGCGUGCUGGGCAGCUGCCGGACAUUUGGCUGCGAUGGCAGGAUGGACUCUGGGCAGGUGUGGGAUGUGUGCCAGGUGUGCGGAGGGGACAACAGCACGUGCAGCCCCCGAAAUGGCUCUUUCACGGGGGGCACAGCCGGAGACUAUGUCACCUUCUUGACGGUCACUCCCAACAUGACCAGAGUGCACAUCGUCAACCGCAGGCCCCUCUUCACACACUUGGCGGUGAGGAUCCAAGGACGCUAUGUUGUGGCUGGGGAAGCUGGCAUUGCACCCAGCACCACCCACCCCUCCCCCCUGGAGGAUAGCCGUGUGGAGUACAGAGUGGCCCUCGCUGAGGACCAGCUGCCCCUCCGUGAGGAGAUCCGUCUCCAGGGAGCCGUCCAAGAAGCCGUGGAGAUCCAGGUGUACAGGCGAUAUGGCGAGGAGUAUGGAGCCCUCGCCCGCCCGGACAUCACUUUCACCUACUUCCAGUCCAAGCAGCAAGCAGCGUGCGUGUGGGCUGAGGAGCGUGGGUCCUGCUCGGUGAGCUGUGGGGCAGGGGUGCGCUGGGUGUCCUACAGCUGCCUGGACCAGGCCCAGAAUGUGUGGAUGGAGGCCAGCUGCUGUCGAGGGAGCCCCAAACCCCCCACCUGGCCAGAACCCUGUGUCCCUGCGCCUUGCCCUCCGCGGCAGGAGCUGUCGGAGCCUGACCUGUACACGGCAGCAGCCUGUGGAGCCGGCCUGGCCUCACCCAGUGUGGCGUGUGCCCAGGGGGCAGGUGGUCCGGGCUCAUCAGCGACUGCAGGACCUGAUGCCACACAUGAGAUGCUGCCUGCUGGAGAGCCCUGUGUCAAGACAGCGUGUCCUCCGGCCUGGGCUCAGCUCUUGGUCAACACCACAGAGGACCCUCGCACCACUGAGGAGCUUGCAGAGGCGAAGGUUAGGAGUCCUGGACCCACCCUCAACGCCCCGCAGCUGCAUGCCACGGCUCCAGAGGAGGAGGCUCCAGCCGAACAUGUGUGGACGCCUGUGCGGGGGCUGUGCUCCACCUCCUGUGGGCAAGGACUGAUGGGGCUACGCUUCCAGUGCGUGGACUCGGUCCUCCAGACGCCUGUCCAGGAGACGUUGUGUGAUGUGGCCAGCCGGCCUGCGAGCCGGUGGGAAGUGUGCCAGGCCGGCCCGUGCCCUGCUCAGUGGGAGGCCCGGGCCUUGGCACCAUGUCCAGUGACCUGCGGAGGGGGGCGGGUGCCCCUGGCCGUGCGCUGCGUGAGACGGGAGCACGGCGGGCCUGUCCCCCUGCCUCACUCAGAGUGCUGGCCAGCAGCCCGGCCCGGCCCCUUCCAGGAUUGUAGCCUGGAGCCCUGUCCGGCCAGGUGGAAGGUCCUGUCCCUGGGCCCAUGCUCCACCAGCUGUGGCCUCGGCACUGCGACACGUGUGGUGGCCUGCGUGCGGCCGGCCUGGGGCCAGGAUGCUGAGGUGGACGAGGCGUCCUGUGCAGCUUUGGUGCGGCCACAGGCAAGCGUUCCCUGCUUCAUCGCUGACUGCGCCUACUGGUGGCACGUCAGCCCCUGGACAGAGUGUUCUGCCUCCUGUGGGGAGGGCAUCCAGCGCCGGCAUGAUACCUGCCUCGGACCCCAAGGCCAGGCACCCCUACCCGCCAGCUUCUGCUACCACUUGCCCAAGCCGGCCACGGUGCAGGGCUGCUGGGCCGGGCCCUGUACGGGGCAGGGAGCCCCCAGCCUGGCGUCCCACGAGGAUGCUACCACUCCGGGCCGGACCACGGCUGCCGCUGCUGGCACCACUCUGACGUGGCCUCAGACCCCAGCCUGGGGCACGCCGGACCCCCCACGCUCUCAGCCUCCAGGGCCUCAGAACAGCACAGCAGAGUCCAGUGCCUGUGGCAGGCAGCACCUGGAGCCCACGGGAACUAUCAGUAUGCGAGGCUCCGGCCAGGCAGACUGCGUAGUGGCCAUCGGGAGGCCCCUGGGUGAGGUGGUGAUGCUCCAGGUCCUUGAGAGUUCCCUCAACUGCAGCGCAGGGGAGUCCCUGCUGCUCUGGGGCCGCCUCACCUGGAGGAAGCUGUGCGGGAAUCUGGCUGGAAAGACCUUCAGCUCCAGAAGCAACACCCUGGUGGUGAGACAGCACUGCGCGAGGCCCGGCGGUGGAGUGGUGCUGCGGUACGAGAGCCGGCCUGCCCCGGGAGCCAUCCACAGAGAAUGUGACACGCAGCUCUUUGGACCCCGAGGUGAGAUCGUGCGCCCCCUACUGAGUCCAGACGGGAGGACUGCAGGUAGCUGCAGGGUCUUCAUCAACGUGGCUCCGCAGGCCCGCAUUGCCAUCCACAUCCUGGCCACCGACGUGGGCACUGGGGCUAAUGGCGGCAGCACCAUCUCAAUCCGGGAUAGCCACAGCACAAGGAUCACAACCUUCCGUGGGCAGCAGGCGCUCUACUGGGAGUCAGAGGGCAGCGAGGCUGAGAUGGAGCUCAGCAAGGACUUCCUGGAGGGGAAUGCUGGUCUGCGAGGCCGCUACUGGACCCUGCACGCGCGGGUGCUGGAGGGGCCCCUGCCUUAGCGGUCUCUCCCAGCAGCAGAAGGGAAGGGAGGGUACCUGACACCUCCUGAGCGCCUGUCAGGGGUCCUGCCAGGCCUGGAAGUGCGUUCCCACCCUAACUUAAGCAGAUCUUAGGGGUUCUUCUUGAGUGUCGUCUCCAGGGCGCAAACCUAGGGGUGGGAGGUGGAGAUGGCGGAGGAGGGCCGCUCCCAGCCCGUCAGGUGCCAAUAAAGGAAGCAGGAGGCCUGACUGGUGGUUUCUUCCUGCUAUCUGUCCAAACCUGGCUUGACAGGGAACCUGCCUCAGGGCAGGAUUUCUCUGAGUGUAGUCGGAUUUUCCUGGCCUGCGCAGGCACUUGGCCAUCUUGUCUUCUUCCUAUCCAGGAGCCCGGAGUGGCUCCUGAGG